UUACAAACUGGUUAGCAUCCACUUCCAACAAAUCGGAGAAGCCUCCGAUCCGUGGAGCUCAUAAAAUGGGUUCGCCCCAUGCUUGGAGCAGCAGUUUGGGACCCAUUUCCAAGCAGUCAACAUGAAGUCAGUUAUUAUUUUCUUAGCCCUGGUGGCUCUUUGCCAUGCAGCACCUUUGGAAGUCAAGGAGUCGUCGGCCGAAACGCUCUCCAGACCCAGUCCCAUCAGUCCCGAUGUGAUUGUUGAUCCCAAGCCCACCGAGAAGGUGGUCCUGCUGAAGGAUAUUCCCGCUCCUAAUCGUCAGAAGCGUAAUGAGCCCAAAAAACCCGACAGCGUAAAAGCCCAUGAGCUUCUCCAGCCUAAUCCCCAUAGCCAGAAGCCCACUCCAGCCAAUCCUCAUGAGAAAGCUGGCCCACAUGAUGCCAAGGCUCACGACCACAAGCACAAGCGGGAGGCUCAUCACGAGGAGGGACACAAGGAGGAGCCCCAAGAGGAGGAAGUAAAGGGUGCUCCCGAGGUGCCUGCACCUCAAAUAGGUGUUGUCGAGAAGAAGAAGGAAAAGCGCGAGGCCCACCACGAGGAGGGUCACAAGCAGGAGGACAAGCCCCAGGUGGAGGAUCUUUCAUCCACCCACGCUGUUCCCGCUCAUGCCCACACCGCCGAGUUGCCCAAGAAGAAGGAGAAGCGGGAGGCCCACCACGAGGAGGGUCACAAGGAGGAGGCUAAGCCCCAGGUGGGAGCACUGCCUCAUGCUCUUCCUGCUGAUGCUCCAACCGCUGAAUUGCCCAAGAAGGAGAAGCGUGAGGCUCACCACGAGGAGGGUCACAAGGAGGAGGCCAAACCACAGGUGGGGGCACUGCCUCAUGCUCUUCCUGCUGAUGCUCCAACUGCAGAGUUGCCCAAGAAGGAGAAGCGGGAGGCUCACCACGAGGAGGGUCACAAGGAGGAGGCUAAGCCCCAGGUGGGUGCACUGCCUCAUGAUCUUCCCGCUGAUGCUCACACCGCAGAGCUGCCCAAAAAGCAGGAAAAGCGCGAGACUGUGGAAAAGCCCGCCAGCGUGAAGGCCCGUGAAUCCAUCCAGCAUAAUCCUCAGCAUGCCGAUGAGCUCCACAAGGCUCUCGAAUCCCUGGCCGCAGGAAAAGCCCCGGAGAAGCGUCAGCAGCGCGACAUUCCCGUGCCCACUCAGACCAAAGCCACCGCCGAUCCUACAGCCACCACAAAGUCGGAAGUUGGAAGCACCACUCCGUCCACCCAUAAUCUGCACAUUCCCCAUCCCAUUCCCGUGGCCGAACUCUUCGAGAAGAACAAGCAUUCGGAUAAGUCCACUUCCAGUUCCGAAGAAAGCAAGGAGAGCAAGGAGAAAGUCAAGGCCUAAACUUUAUAAACCAAAAGUCGCUAAUUGAACCAUCACGAGAUUUGUAGUCACAGAAAACGAACUAAAAUAAACAACAAUAUUUACAUGCUUAUAUAAAAA